GCCAACCCGUUUCUCUAAAUCCUUUGUCCCUUACUCGGUUCCCGGCGCCGUACCUUAGGCCUUUGUGGCAGCGGCUCCCUGUUUCUUUCCCUUUCCUCUUUUCUUCUUUUCUUCUCUUCCCGUUCCUUCUGCCGCUAGUUUCCUCUCUUUCUAAAAAAGCCUAGCCACCGUUCUUCUUCUCGGAGUGCAAGGUCGCCGUCACUCUAAAAACUGUAUAAAUACCUCGAAAUCUAUCUCUCGCUCCCAAAAAGGACAACAUAAUUUUCUUUCUCUCUCUAAUAAUCCAAUGAAUCAUGUAAUUUUAAAUCAAUAAUUCUGAUUUAAUUUUAGUUUUGCUUGUAUUCUUUAUGCAUUCAUGUUUCUUUCUUCUGCAAUAAGUGAUCUGAAAAAUAAAUAAUCUUUGCUAAAUUGAAUCUGAAAUUGAUUUAUCUUGUAUUUGAUGUGUUAUUUUUGAUCUGGGUGUUUUUAUUCUUCCAAAGGGUGUCAGAUUUGGUUUUAAUGGGUGGUGAUUUUGAAGGGAUUAGAUAGAUUCUAGUUAUUGGGAGCUGAAGACUCUGUUUUUUUGUUGGUUUUUUUUGGAGUGGUUUUUACUUUGCUUCCUUAUGAAGGGGAUUGCCGCAUCUAUUCUAUUGAUGUUUUCAGGAGUAAGACUCAAUUGAAUCAAAGCCUGAGCACACAUUGGUUUUAGUUAGCAUAUAUGGGUUCUAAAUCAGAUUGAUUAUAGAUUAUGAUCCUGCUUCUAGUGAGGCUUUAACCCAAUUAUUAGUUACUAUCCGCACUGGUCUAAACGAAGCUGUUGCCUAUAUUAUGGUGUUUGGAUGUUUUAAAUCUCUCUCAUUUGUGUGUUUGCACAUCAGCAAAAUGCAUCAGUGCCUGUAUGUGCCUGUAAUAUCUGUGUCUUUGUACAUGCCUGCUUUUUAUAUGGGAAUAAAUGUUGUGUUAAUUUAGACAGUUAAUGUUAUUUUUCUUUGAUAUUUACUUCAUGGGUCCCAACAUGGAGCCCACUUGUGAUGAAGGCUGAGCCAAAUGCUGCACUAGUUGCUGCAUAUCAGUUUGGGAUGUCUGUUUAUUUGAUGAGAAAUAUUUGCUUCUGCAAGGAAAUCCUGGCAUUGCCAGUUUUAGAGAAGCUUGCUCUUGAUGACCUUUUUGUAUGGUAAAAUUUUGCCUCAUGUUCGUAAUAUUACUUCAGAUGUUCAAUAUGCUGUCACAAGAACAGAACGCAUUGUAGCUUCUCUAUCAGGGUGUGGGCAGGCACAAAUACCACACAAGAUUCCAGGAAAAACAUUGGAGAGAAGGCAUGCAUCCAGUGUGACUGAAGGUGACACUGGUGGACUAGCUCAUCGGUUGAAGAAAAUGUUGGUUGAGCGCAAUGACUAUGACAGUGCUAGGGAUAUAGCAAGGAUGUUCCAUCUCAAGGAAGCAUUAUGAAUUAUGCUAUGAAGCAUAUGAUAUGAUUAACCUGACUGAGUGAAACUAGUUACAGUUGUCCAUGAAUUGAAGAAAGGUAUUCGGUAUAUUCGAUUAAUACGGCAAGAGAUCACCAUUGCAAAUUUAAAUUCAAAGGGUAGCUUUCCUGAGCAUAGGUUGGGCUGUAACUAGGAUGCUCUCUCUAUGGACUCUAGUUCUUUUCGCUCCCCACUUUUAACUACUACUUCCCUCUUUUUCCAUUAUAACCAUUUAUCUUAGACGUCUGACAUUAAGUUGGAAGUAUGUGCUCUCUUAUAUCUUCAAUAGUCUUCUAAGUUCUAACUGAAAGCUCUUUGGAGUUCUUUGAAAAACCUUGUAAAAUUUUGGGAUGCAAUAUAAUUCUUUUGCUAGU